AUUAACCACAAACAGUUUCAGAGAAUCAAAGUUGGGAUUUUUACAGUCGAGGGUCAGAGAGAGGAAGAGUUAAAAGAUGGCGGCUGGAGAUGAGGGGGCUCCGUUGCUGCUGCAGCAGCAGCGCCACGACGGCGACGGUGGGAGGAGGGGGAUCGCCGUCAAUGGCGGCAAGGAGGAGGAGCCGCUGCCGCGGUCAGAGAGGAGGAGCCGGUGGUGGCCGGGAUGGUGGGACGGCGAGGAGGCGGCGGGGCAGCUGGCGUUCGCGGCGCCCAUGGUGGUCACCAGCAUGGCCUACUACGCCAUCCCGCUCGUCUCCGUCAUGUACGCCGGCCGCCUCGGCGAGGUCGAGCUCGCCGGCGCCACCCUCGGCAAUUCUUGGGGCACCGUCACCGGGAUCGCCCUCAUGACUGGACUAAGCGGGUCCCUGGAGACAUUAUGCGGGCAAGGCUAUGGCGCGAAAGUGUACCACAUGAUGGGGGUGUAUCUGCAAGCAUCCAUCAUCACUUCAGCCUUCUUCUCAGUGCUCGUCUCCCUCCUCUGGUUCUACUCAGAGCCUGUCCUCAUCUUCCUCGGCCAGGAUCCUGAGGUCUCGAGAAUGGCAACGCUGUUCUUGCGUUACUCCAUCCCGGCACAGUUUGCCUAUGGCUUCAUCCAGAGCACACUCAGGUUCCUUCAGACACAAUCUGUGGUCACUCCACUGGUGGUGUUCGCUCUCCUGCCACUGGUGCUUCAUGUCGGGAUCACCCAUGCCUUCGUGCGCUACUUGGGGUUUGGCUAUGUCGGGGCCGGUCUAUCAACGUCAGUGUCGCUGUGGCUCUCCUUCCUCAUGCUGGCUGCCUAUGUGUGUUUGUCAGAGAGGUUCAAGCACACCUGGGAGGGCUUCUCCACCGAGGCAUUUCGCCAUGUUCUGCCGGGCCUCAAGCUGGCCAUCCCUUCUGCAGUGAUGGUGUGCUUCGAGUACUGGGCGUUCGAGGUGCUCGUUUUACUUGCUGGGCUGAUGCCGAAUUCUCAUAUGAGUACUUCUAUCAUUGCAAUGUGUGAAAACACUGAAGCAAUAUCAUACAUGAUCACCUACGGGUUUGCUGCCGCUAUCAGCACAAGGGUGUCAAAUGAGCUUGGGGCUGGUAACGUUGAGAAGGCAAAGAAGGCCCUCGCCGUGACGCUAGUGCUAUCCCUACUGCUAGGGGUGACAUUUCUGCUGCUCCUAGGCCUUGGCCAUGAUCUCUGGGCAGGGCUGUUCAGCAAGAGUGGCGCGGUGAUAAGCGAAUUCGCUUCGAUGACUCCAUUGCUCAUUGGGUCAGUGGUGUUGGACUCCACACAGGGAGUCUUGUCAGGGGUUUCAAGAGGCUGUGGCUGGCAGCACUUGGCAGCAUGGACCAACUUGGUAGCCUUCUACAUUGUAGGCUUACCACUAUCUAUCCUCUUUGGGUUCAAGCUUGGCCUUCAGACCAAGGGGCUGUGGCUGGGUCAGAUAUGUGGUCUCCUCCUGCAAAACGCCGUUCUACUUGUUAUCACCCUCAGGACCAAAUGGGAAAGAUUAGAGCUAACUAUGAACGGCAAAGAAGACGGUUUUGUCUGCUGAAAAAUCUUGUGUGAAUCUAAAAUUACUAGUUAAGGAGAAGCAUUCAGUUAUGUGCCGCUGUGGUUGAAUCGAACACUGAACUGGAAGUAAUACUAGCCAUGGUCUCUGCUGAACACAUCGUACUGUCGACUGAACAUAUAUACGCUGAUACGUACUGAAGUACUAGCAACUUGGUGUAGCUGAAUAGUGAAAUAGCAAUUUGUACUAGCAUGCAGCUUAAUGCACGCUCGUAAUUUUUUUGUGCGAUAAUCUGAAAGGGUACACAUUUGGCUGAAACCACAAAACACAAGGUAAACACAGAUAUAAAU